AUGCACUUCUCUGGUGUCGUAGCUCUUUCGGGGCUCAUGGCUGUUGCCAGUGCUCUUCCAAUCGAAGAGGCGCCCGUCGCUGCCAAGCGUGAGGCAGAGCCUUACUUCUUGGGCAGAACCUGGACGCCUCCAGAGGCUGCAGAGAACACCAAGCGUGAUCCAUACUUCCUGGGAAGAACUUGGACGCCUCCAGAGGCCGCCGAGAACACCAGACGUGAGGCGCAGCCGACCUGGACUCCGCCGGAGGCUGCAGAAAAUACCAAGCGCGAAGCGGAGCCUUACUUCUUGGGCAGGACUUGGACGCCACCUGAGGCCGCCGAAAACACCAAGCGUGAAGCAGAGCCUUACUUUCUUGGAAGAACUUGGGACUCCACCGGAGGCUGCAGAGAACACCAAGCGCGAAGAGUGAUGAUCGAUAUGCUGUUGGAGAAUGAGAUGAACUAG